AUGCGUGAUUCGAUGGACCAGCGCAGCCGAGGUGAUACCAACACCAGUCCUAUUGCCCCCUUCCUCCUCCUCCAGCUCAUCUCUUCGCCCCGUCGAUUGACUCCCCACGGUCUUCUUCCCAACGACAUCCUCGUCCUCCUCCGCGGCCAACUCGACCUCAACUUCCCUCAUCCCUACUACCACCUCCCAUACCACUACUUCGUCGCUCCCGCCUUGGGUCCUCUCAACGCCCCCGACUACGAUGUGCCCCGCAGCGGCCGCGCCCAUACCCACCCAUAUCGCAAUAUCCGUGCGCGACAAGUACGAGCGCGGGGUAUCGACUAG